CUUGUCGAUACAGGCUACGUAUAUGAUGUUUGUGAAAAUAUCGAUAUUUUUUAACAUCUUUGUUUUGACCGAAGUCCAAGUUUUGAGUUAUAUUUGGUAUGUACGCAGUAUUAUGAGUCCCUUGUCUCUCCUUGAAAAAUUGUAAUACGACAUCGCUUGUAGCUUUUAAAAUUAAAUUCCAAAUCCUACUGAGAUAAAAUAUAGAUAUGUCAAAUGACAGAAAUACUAACACAUUUUGGAAAAAUGUAGCAACUGGUGUCGGUGUAGCUGCAGCGGGUGCUGCUUUAGCGUAUUUAGUUAGCGAAUUAUUCACAGAAGAGGCCUCUCGUGCUGAAGAAAGAGCAGAUGAGCGUCGCAGAAGAUCUCUACAGGGAGAAAAGUCUCCGGAAUUGCGUAAAGUUAUCAUAGACAAAUUGAACAGUGGGACUUAUGACUGCAACAUUUGCCUGGAAGAGAUUUCCAGAAAUGAUGAGAUCGUAUCGUGCAAAAAAUGUUAUACUAUAAAUCAUCUAAGAUGUAUUAAAAGUCACUGUGAAUCAUCAGGAGGUUCUGGAAGGAGCCCACACUGCCCAUCAUGUCGUAAGAGCAUAGAUUACGAACUGCAAUAUUAUUGUUUUUGUGGCUCAAACUUCAAUCCCAUGCCUAUAGAAGGAGUAACUCCACACUGCUGCUUGUCAAGAUGUACUAAUAGAAAUUGCCGACUCCAAUGCCACCCAGGGCCUUGUGCCGAAAGAUACAGAGAAAAUUAAAAUUUGAUUGAUACUUUUUAAAGGGUUUUGAUUCUAGGUGAUAAAUAAACAAUAAUGUAUUCCUAAAAUAUUAAAAAUGAGUGUAAUUUUGUAAAUUUUGAAUUUUUUAUAUAUAAAUAAAAUAUUUUUGUAAAUU